AUGGAUUUGUGGUCUUCUAAGUCAAUGGAAGGAUUCUUGGGUGUAUCAUGUUCUGCGGUGACUUGUGACUAUGAACCCUUUACAGCAUUUCUCUCCCUCCGUGAGAUGCCAAAGAAUCAUACGGCAGCAGCAAUCUUUGCGGAAUACGAGUCUACGAUUGAGGAUUGGGAAAUAAAUAAAAAGGUGAUUCGGUGUGUUACUGACAACGCCCGUAACAUGAUUGCUGCUUUAAGGGUUAAACUUCCAACAUUUGUGGACGAGACGGAAAAAGCCCAAGAGGAAGAGGAGUUAAUAGAAAUUGAAAUUGAGGCGGGAAUUGACGUUCCAAACUAUCUGCUAAUCCCCGAGUUUGCUGAAUUAAUUGCCGAGGCAGACAGCAACGACUUAGAAAGCAAUGCUUCGGAAUCCGAAGAUCAUUUUGUAUUAGAUCUGGAUUUAGAAUCGUUACUGAACGACAACACCGAGAAGUGUAAUGAGACUGGAUACAACGUAACGGCUGCUUAUCAUGCAAGAUGUUUGCCCCACCAUGUCCAAUUAGCCAUCAAAGACGGACUAUUAGUCAUUGAGAAAGUUGCCAAAGGUGCAUUGAAUCUUCUAGGGAAGAUUGUUGGUGGUAUAAGGAGGAGUGUCGUUGACACGAAGACGUUAAUGGAUUGUGUUGGUUUCAAAAUUCCAAUGUUAAACCAAACCCGCUGGAGUUCGCAGUAUGGGGUGAUAAAAGGAUCAUUGGAAGCCAUGGAUAAGGAUCCCAACAUACAAUCGAAACUUAACAGCUGCGCUGUUCAUGGUUCUCUUACAGCCAUACAAAUCAAGAGUUUGCGAGAACUCGUCAUUAUACUUGGACCAUUUAAUAUAGCAACGGAUGCUUUUCAGAAAGAACAUGAAAUGAUUGGACUAGUUAUACUGUUCUACCUGGAUCUAGUUAACAAAUGUAGCCUGCAUCCUCAAUUAAAUCCUGAUGCUCGAUCCAUCAAUUCGUGUAAAACGGUGGCUGAAGCUCUCCAAAAGUCCCUCACGACUAUGUUCUGAAUGAUUCGCUCUAU